AUGCCGCGACUCUUCCCGAAGCUUACAGCCUCUAGGCUGCAAGCGGCGACAUAUCUGUGCGGCAUUGCGCUGUUCUCGAUCUCGUUCCUGGUCUUUCUCAACAGCAGCAUUUCAUUCGUGGUGACGGAAGUAAUAGGACAGAAGAAGAACGUGGGAGAUGCAGUGGGGACACUGGGCUUCGCUGAUGAGCUGCUGGCACUCGUGGCCUGUCCAUUAUGGGGAAUGCUCUCAGAUCGCAUUGGAGUAAGAGCGGUGGCGGUCAUCGGAUACUGCAUUGUGGCGUUCAGUCUCGCUUGCCUGGUUCAGAGCACUAAUGUAUACCCUGAGUUACUUGUGGGAAGACUGCUGUUCAGUCUGGGGGGAGCAGCGUGCUCGACGAUGGUCACUGCGGUGCUUCCGUCGAUGGUGGCUGAAAGGGAGCAAGACAAGGACAAAGCAGAUGAGGAACAGGCUGCGCCUAAUGGACAAGUGGCAAGAAUAAGGGAAGAAGAACGGGUGGGAAGAAGUGGUAGUAUAGGUCACGCGACAUCUCCCAGCGUUGCGUCUGAGCUCACCAUCACCCCGGCGAGCUAUGCUUCAGAAUACCAGCGGGCACGGACCUUACAGCCAAAAGGCUCCGAGGAGCAUGAAGAGGUGGAAGAAGAUGACUUGGAUAAGACUGCGGGAACAUCGCAACUGGCUGGCUUGGUGGGCUUCUUCACGGGAGCUGGUGCUCUUGUCGCGCUGGCAAUCUUUCUACCAAUCCCAGCAUACCUCCAAGAUGAUGGAUACGGUCAAGCGCAGAGCGUACAGAUCAGCUUUUAUAUCGUUGCGGUCAUCGCUCUGCUUGUCGGCAUCUUCAUCUUCUUCGGCCUUCGCAACCUACCUGGUGAGGAGAACAAGAGUUUCGGCGCUCUAUUACGUCCACCAUACGACGAGAACACGACUAUAGGACCUGAUGGACAUCCACACACGACUCUAUCGCCAGCACCAUCCUAUUUCAUCCUUGCCAAAGAGUCCCUCAAACUGGGAUUCAGCGACCCCGCUAUUGGUCUGGGAUACCUGGGCGGCUUUGUCGCACGUGCAUCCUCCGUAGGCAUCAGCCUGUUUAUACCGCUCUUCGUCAACGCAUACUUUGUCCGCACCGGCCUUUGCACGUCAAACCCAGAUAACUUGACAGACAUCAAAAAGCAGUGCGAGCGGGCGUACAAACUGGCGGCUGCCCUGACCGGUAUCGGAGAGCUAGCUGCCUUGCUCUGCGCACCUCUGUUCGGAUGGCUUGGAGGUCGUGCUGCUAGAGGGAAAUCAGAAUGGCCACUGCUUGUCGCAUCCCUCGUUGGCGUGGCAGGCUACGUGAGCUUCGGCCUGCUCAAGAACCCAGAUGCUUUCCACGGCGACGGGGGCCAAUGGGCGUUCCUCUCAGUGAUCCUCAUCGGCAUCAGCCAAAUCGGUGCCAUAGUCUGCUCGCUAGGCCUUCUCGGCCGCGGCGUGAACCAAAAUACCAAAACCCCAGAGCCCACCUCCAACGGCCGACCCGGCACAGCAGCCACCCUCCGCCAAGACGAAAUCGGCCCCGCCGAAGGAGACGAAACCGCGGCCCUCCUACCGAACGCACGCUCCAAACCCGAGAGCAGCGCCAUAGACCGCUCACGUCUGAAAGGCAGUAUUGCGGGUAUGUACAGCUUAGCAGGUGGAGCUGGUAUUCUGCUUUUGACGAAGCUGGGUGGCGCGCUAUUUGAUUCUUGGACGGAGGGUGCGCCAUUCUACUUGAUGGCGAUCUUCAAUGGGUUGCUCGUCGUGGCGAUUGUCAUUGUAGGAGGUGGAACGGCGAUUUGGAGGAAGCGGAAGGUGGAAAGUCCGAGUGUUGGUACUAGUUGA